AUGUCUUCUCCCACAAGCAAUGUUGGCUCCCAUGGGUCGCAAACCUUCGAAGAGUCUUUGACAUCUCAAGACAAGCGCAACGGUGGUACCCAGAGCCCCUUGUGGAGGUCUCUAUAUGUCUUGGUGACAUCACCUGGUGUUGUCAGUGAGCAUACGAUUACCAGUGUUCCCGCCGCAAACAACCUGCGUCCCUUAAGAGGCAUGGGCAACAAUGCUGAGUACUGGGUGAACCACUCAGGAGAGCUGUUCACUUUCAAAUUUCCUGUGACACUCGACCUCGAGGGUCAGUUCGAUCGCACAGGGCCAUACUUCAACUUGCCCUGCACAGGACUGGACUUGAUUUUGUUGAAGAAGAUGCGCGCGCAGUUCGAAGUCUGA